CAGUUGUUUUUGGCAGCUACUGCAUCCUGUUGCUGUUCAUUUGUUCCUGAGUAUCUGUGCGCUUCAUGUAUCGCUGUUUUGUGUACUCCGAGCCCAGAUUUCUGUCACCGCUCCAGCAAAGCGUCGUGUUUUCGUGGAAGGACGGGCGGGUUCUCAUGAGCUUUAACCAUGUAACACGGUGGUCAUGAAUGCGUGGCAAACGCAAGGAGGAAAAAAUAUAUAUAUUUAUAUAUUUAUAUAUAUAUAGGCUAUCUCAGGACAGGUUUUAAGCGGAAAGCGAACACGGAUUUUUAAAGCGCGCUCUGGACUAUUGGUUAUGGGUGGCAAUGGAAAACUAAAUAUGCACUAGGCUAGUAAAAUACAAAUACAUAAAAUAAAAUAAAAAACUCAAGUGGACAACUCGGUGACUGCGCAUCUGAAAUAUGCAUGUGGAGAUCCCUGAGAUAAAUCGUCUGAAGAUUAUGCAGUCGCAGAGCGGCUUUCAUGAGGCGGACGUGAGAAACGCAGCGGAGUAAAUCGAAGGAGGAACUGAGUGCAGUGUAACGGAGCGCCACUUCACGUCUCCGUGCUGCAGACUCGACAUCCCUGACAGGCGGUCUCUCUGUCUCUCUCUCUCUCUCUCUCUGUGUGUGUGCAACCAACACACGAGCAUGUCGAACCGAAAACACCGGGACAACCAGGAGAUUUGCGCCCGCAAGGUCCGGGAGCUCGCGCAAACCGGGCCCAACAAACACUGCUUCGAGUGCGGUCAGCCUGGUGUAACUUACACCGAUAUCACGGUGGGCUGCUUCGUUUGCACAUCAUGUUCCGGAAUGCUGAGGGGGCUCAACCCGCCCCACAGGGUCAAGUCCAUUUCCAUGACAACCUUUUCCCAACAGGAAGUAGAAUUUUUGCAAAACCAUGGCAACGAGGUUGGGAAAAGGAUGUGGCUCUGUACAUUCGACCCAAAGACGGAUGGCUCUUUUGACCCACGUGACUCGCAGAAGUUUAAAGAAUUUCUUCAGGAUAAGUAUGAGAGGAAGAAAUGGCAUUUCUCUAAGAGUAAAGGCAGGAGGGAUGUAGAGCCUGCAUGGAGUACAGGGGUUCAAGCUCCUGCUCAGACUCCUUCUGGAAACCCACUGAACCCUGCAGCCCGGACUUCACGUGCUCUGUCCCAGGCUCAGUUGCCAUCAUGGGAUAGAGUUCCGGCUGUGUCUCCAGCUGAUGUUCGUACAGAGGUUUUCACAGCUCGACCCACUCGAUCUCAGAGCUUCAGAGACCACACUAUUAAAGAUUCCUUGUUAAGUGGGAUGGAGAGGCAGAGACCAGGAACAAUUUAUCCAGGAAUGGGACCGCAGAGUCGCCUUCCCUCUUUCCCUGCCCUUCCACGCCCUUCAGCAAGUAGCACUUUCAAAAACAGCUUCACACUAGGUCGCACGGUAUCCUCAGGAGGAGGAGCACCAUUUAGGACUGUCCCUAAAUCUCUAAGUUUGGACUUUGGAGGUCUCGGUUCUACCCCUAGUGCACUAAGCCAUCAGGCUCCACCACUUGUCUCUCAGGACAGGUAUGCUGCCGUGUCUCAACUCGACAAGGCCUUUUCUGACACGCCUACCACAGUUGCAUCCACAGCUCCUUCUAGUGGCCCUCCGCAAUACAGCACCUUGUUUGGCAACAGACUCUCUUCUAGUUCCACACCUGCAAGCUCUCCAGGUGUGCCAGAGGUUACAUCAGCCUCUCAGACAUUUGCAAAUUUCCCAAACCCCUUCUGUUCUACAGCCAGCAGUUCACAGCCUGCUUUAUCCCCUAGUAACCCCUUCAACAGCACGGUCACAGGUGACAGCAGUACGCUUGUGUCACCGUCUCCUUCAGCUGCCUUCCCUCACUCAGCCUCCUUUCCUGCUCCCACCUCCCAGAAUGCUUUUCCUCAUGACCCAGCUAAUAAUCAGGAGACAAAUGGUUUCUCGUCUUUCCCUGCACUGGAGUCUACCUCCAAAGUCCAGCGGUCGAUGUCCGUCAACCCGUUUACUGGGACGGUUUACCCCACCAGAGGAACGUCACUGAACCCUUUCAUCUGAUCGCAUCGUCCCUUUGACGAGAGUGAGAGAGAGGGGGAUUGUGGGUAUAUGUGGAAGAGACAGAAAGCAUGAUGCCAUUUCCAUGCCUUGAGGAAACUUCCUCCAUCAGAUAAGGGAGGAAAACACACAAGGACUGCCCAUUUUCCUGAGUUUAAGUUAAUGUCUGUGUGUGUGUGUAUUAAAGAAUGGAUCCCUUUUGUUUGAGUCUGUACGUAUUUGUAAGCGUGAAUGUCUUAUUUGUGUGCACCAUUUUGCACUACACACUACAAAUCAAAGUUCUUUGUGAGCAUGUGUGUCUUUGUGUUCUUUUUUUAAUGUUUGUGCGUGGGUGUGUUCAUUUCAUACAUGUUUACUCAAAUAAGUUAUCUAAUGGUGCCAGAUAGCAAGUGGCAAUAUCAGAAACACACACACACACACAGAGAUGAUUUUAACCUCCUGCCCUGUACUCUUGAUAAAUCAUUGCUAGCUUUUAGCCUGCACUGGCUUGCAUUUUAGCAAAGACACCCAAGUAUCAAGUUGUAGUAAUUAAACACUGAAAAAUGGCAGCACGCAACUUGAGCUUCAAAUAUUAUGAUAUUAUUAAUACAAAGUGUGCAAAUUUUAUUUAGCUCUCAUUUGGCAACUCUCCAAAUGCAUGUUAAUAGGAGAAACCGACUUAAUCAUUUGUUUGUAUAUGUAUGUGAGGCAUACAUGUCUGUACGUCAUCAGCCUGCAUGCGCUUCAUGAGCAAGACGCUGCCUGAAUGUACUGCAAUUUUGGUAAUUUCGCACAAAGUGUUAUUUGCAUUACUCAUCUUUAUGGACCAAAUAAUGUCAGGCUUCAUGUACAAUUUUUCCUUUCGUUUCCAAUAUUUUUGCAUUGGUUCAUUUAGAAUGUCUUUGUAACAGGAAGUAUCCGUAUGCAUAAAGAAACUAUUCAUU